AUUACGGUCUCCAUCAGCAUCAUCAGCAGCUAGCGAGUGAAGCUUCUCCUGUACGCGGACGCCAUUGUUUAUUUUUUCAAACGCUCAAGUGAAUUCCUGUUUCCCCGGGUCGCGUCCAUGGUCGAAAAUAGUGCCCGUUUGGUGUGUUCUGCGGUGAUCAGUGCCAAAGUGAUGAAAUCUUCAUCGAAAGACGACUGAUUGAAGGUCGGAUGAAAAGCUCGUACAUAUUCGAGAGAAGGGGAGCGCCGAACAGCAACGCAGAAGAGCGAAGCAAAACAGACAGUUCAGUAGUCCGUAGCCAGUGAAAAAACGUAGAGUUUGGCUUGAAAAAUUCUUCAAGAGGAAGAACGGUCGCCAAGAGCCCAAAAACUGACAAGUGAAAAAGUGCUAGGAUUUUCAAUGAAAAAUCAACUUAAUGUAGUUUGUAAGGUACAGAAGAUUUUAUCCGGUGUAGCGUAGUUCGAUCGAAGACAGCAAAAUCGUGUAUUUCGAAGUGAAACGAAGCAGAAUAUCUUCCCAUGACAGCCAUCUCGGAAUCGGCCGGUGGAUCCGAGCUGGUCCCAGUAUCGGCCAAAAAUAAUGCCAUCCUCCGAUGGAAACGCGUUACAAAUCCGAGCGGACCGCAGCCACGACCUCGUCAUGGUCAUCGGGCGGUUAACAUAAAAGAGCUGAUGGUCGUUUUCGGUGGUGGCAACGAAGGAAUCGUUGACGAACUUCACGUAUACAAUACAGCCACCAACCAGUGGUACGUACCGGCCACCAAAGGAGACGUCCCGCCGGGAUGCGCUGCCUAUGGAUUUGUCGUGGAUGGGACCCGCAUUCUCGUGUUCGGUGGCAUGGUCGAGUAUGGGAAGUACUCGAAUGAGUUGUAUGAACUUCAGGCCACCAAGUGGGAAUGGAAGAAACUCAAGCCGAAACCACCAGAGUCUGGGCUGCCACCGUGUCGACGUUUAGGACACAGUUUUACGCUGGUGGGGGACAAGAUUUACCUGUUCGGAGGUCUUGCCAACGAGAGCGACGACCCGAAGAAUAACAUCCCCAAAUAUCUGAACGAUUUGUACAUCCUCGAGAUCAAGAACAAUCAGUUGCAGUGGGAGUUACCGACGACUUUCGGCGAGAGUCCACCGCCACGGGAGUCGCAUACCGCUGUGUCUUGGUAUGAUAAGAAAAUGAAAAAAUACUGGCUGGUGAUAUAUGGUGGCAUGUCGGGAUGUCGGUUAGGUGAUCUGUGGUUGCUAGACACGGACACCAUGUCUUGGACGCGACCGAGAACCAGCGGGCCACUUCCGCUACCCCGGUCACUACACAGCUCCACACUCAUCGGUAACCGGAUGUACGUAUUCGGUGGGUGGGUUCCACUCGUCAUGGAAGACGUUAAGGUGGAGAAGCACGAGAAGGAAUGGAAAUGUACCAACACGCUUGCCUGUUUGAAUCUCGAAUCCAUGACAUGGGAAGAACUGGACCUCGACACCGAAGAGGACAACAUGCCACGGGCGCGUGCUGGCCACUGUGCCGUUGGAAUUCACACCCGGCUCUAUAUCUGGUCCGGACGCGAUGGCUACAGGAAGGCCUGGAACAACCAGGUCAGGGUUUGCUGCAAGGAUCUGUGGUACCUCGAGGUGGAACGCCCCACAGCCGCAUCCCGUGUUCAGCUUGUUCGUGCUUCCACACAUUCGCUCGAACUGUGCUGGCCGGCGGUUCCCUCGGCUGCGUAUUAUAUUCUCGAGGUCCAGAAGAUUCCUCAGCCACCUCCACCACCACCUGUCACACCAACACCCACACCGGUGCCCAACAUUACUCCAAUUGUGGCCGCACCGCCAUCACCGGCACUCAGCUCCGCAGUGCCAUCCAUAUCGUCACCGGCGUCAGGAUCAAUGUCGCCAGCUAGUUCCAGUAUUCCAUCAGCGCUCACCUCCGGCGAGCCACUUCUGCAACAGCCGAUAAUCAAAACACUUCCGGGCAGGCCCGCCGCUUCCCCGAUUGCCCUAUCCUCAUCACCGAUGGCCAUACACGCGGGAUCUCCACUGGCCACGGUUGGCGGUGGUGCCAGUCCAAACAUCCUUCAGAACGCCACUCAAGCAAUAGGCAGUCCAGUUCAUCAUUCGACCGGUUUGCAAUCACCAACACCGGUAGCAGUUGCCGUACCAUCGUCACCGGUGCACAGCAUAACGUCGCCUCCGAUGCAACGUAUCGUAACCAAGGUGCAGGCUCCGAAGUCAAUCCAGCAGCAGCAGAAGCUGCUAACACCUACCUCUCCUAUCCUGCAGCAGCAACCGACACAGAUUAUCCAAACACAGGUUCAAUCUCAACCAACGGUGCAGCAGCAGCAGCAAGCGCAGAUUCAAACCCAGAUCACCCAACAGCCACAGACCAUUCGUGUGCUCAGCGGGACCACCGCUAUUUCAAAUGCUCAGCAAAUUGCGACCGGCACCGGUACACCAAUCCGUGUACUCUCAUCCACCGGCCAGCAGGUGCGUAUCGCUACCCAGCAGCAAUUGGGUAACGUUAGCGCGGCAAACAUUCAACAUGUCACUGGCCAGCAAACGGCAACGGUUCUUCGCGGCCAGAACAUUGUUGGGACGCAGCUGCAGCAGCAGCGUAUUGUCAGCGCUUCGGGAUCGACAACAACAACGGCCACCAUUGGAGGCAAGCAAAUCAUUCUACAGAAACCGUUGACAAUUGUGGGCGGCGCCGGCGGUAACGCCGCGGGGGGAAUCAACAAUUCCGUCAAUCAGCCGCAAAUUGUUACGCUGGUGAAGACAAGUCAGGGUAUGACGGUACAAACGUUACCCAAGGUGAACGUACUUCAGAAGGGAGCGGGAGGCAUCCAAACGCAACAGCAGAUAGUCACUUCCAACAUCGUCGGUGGAAGUGGUACUAUGCAGCAUGCAACGGUUGGAGGUCAGAAGACCGCUGUUAUCGGUGGAAACGUAGUGAAACUAAUGUCAUCUACCGGAACGAUAGGUGGCAAGCAGAUUCUGAUGAAAAAUCCUAACAUUGUACAAGUGGGAAAAGUUGGUACUAACGUUGCCGGCAAACCUACCCUGGUCAUCACGAAUAAGGCCGGGCAGCAGAUCAGAAGUAAUCAGCAAGUGAUAGUGGUCACAACACCACAGGGAAUUCGUACGGUCAGCGGAACCGUUACCUCCUCAGCGAACAAUUUUGUGUCGCUGUCGACGUCACAGGUAAUCAACACGAUCAGCACUUCCAGAGCAACCAGUAUUGGAGGGGCAACAACUGUUCUUCAGGCUGGCACUGUAGGAGCAGCUGGUGGUCAAGCGAUUAAACUUCGCGCCGUUCAGGGAGGUAAACCCAUUACGUUUACUGUUCCCGUUGGAGGGCUACAAGCUGGCGGGCAGAAAAUCAGUGGCCACCAAAUUAUCAAUAUGCAACAGAAGGGUCUCACAAUUGGUGGUAAAGCAGUAACGGUUCAACUUGCUCCGUCAGCGGGGGGUCAAAAAACUGUUACAAUUGUUCCAUCGUCCGGUGGGGCAACCAUUGGUGGAGUUGGUGGAGGUGGCACCUCAGGUCAGCAAAAGAUAGUUAUGUUACCAACGAAAACAACCACAAGAAUUGUGACUCAACAACAAUUCCAGCAAAUUCAACUUCAACAACAGCAACUACAGCAACAACAACAAUUGCAGCAGCAACAACUGCAGCAGCAACAGCAGCAGCAGGAACAAGUUUCCACAGACGCUGCCUUCGCUGCGUUGGCCGCCGAAGCAGGUCUUAUCGAAAACGAUGGCGAUCAAAUAGACCAGAUGGAUGGCUGCUUUGAUCUAUGGCAGGAAGAUGUGGCCUUCGGAGAAGCUGAAGUAAUGAAUAGUGGCGCACGAAUUGAGGAGAUGGAAUCAGAUGAGUGUGAACCAGCCAGAAGUUGGCCCACGAUACCACAAUUGGAUGGUUGCGAUGAUAUGUUGUUCACCGACGAGGAAGAAGAGGAGGAUGCAUCGAGGGGGACACCACGCUAUGUGCGGCUAGGUUUGUUCGGAGGAGCUGCCGCGAUAGAAAACCAAAAUCCGGAUGGUGAAUCGCACGAAGGUGACGAACAGGAUGUCCUGGGCCAGGGUGAUUUGGCAGCGGAUGCCGAUUCGGUUGCUCUUGCUGCUGCGGAAGCUGAUGGAUCUGAUCUUCAGCAGCAAGCGGAAGGAAGUGUUGGGGAAAUGAUGGAGCAAGAUCAGGAAGAGUCCCCAUCGGAAGAGCCAAUGGCGGCUGGUGAAGGAGGAGUACCUUCGUUGCUUAUUUCCGAUCAGGAGCAGCAGCAGCCUCAACAACAACUUCUGGCUUUGGCCGGUGACGAUGGAACGGCGCAGCUUAAUUCCAGCCAACUGUCUCAGCAGGAGCAGCAGGAUGAAACCAAUCUAGCACAUUCGGCUAAUGACACGUCGGAUGUUUCUAUGCAGGAUGCAUCAAUGCUACCAAGUGUUGGUGGAGAGGAUGAACAAUCCAGGAAGAAUGUGUCAGCGGAAACCACGAAUAAUAUGUCUUUUGGCGAACAAUCGGACGGAAGUGCAAUGUCCUCGCGGUUGCAUGAUACACCUAAAGCCGAUAAAGGUGCGAGUAUGGAUUCGUCACCAGGUCUAACGUCAGCUACCAUUUCACACGGGAGUGCCACAACGACGCCAAUAGUGGUUAGUUGUGUAAAUAACGCCCCUACUGCGUCGGAAACCGAGGCCGCCAAUAUCCUCACCACAAUCAAGAGCGGAGAGCUAUUGUCGCUGCAAAAUGCUGACCUACUUGCCGCUGCUGGAUCUGGCGGGGAUAACAUUAUUCAACUAAACACAGGGCUACUCCAAUCGAGCGGUACGCUUGAGAGCUUUGCACGCUCUCUCUCGAGUGACUCUCAGAUGAUAACGUUCAAACCGACCGGGGGAAACGAUCUAAGCCAUAGUGUCAUAUCGACAAUAACGGAUGGUGCCAUGGUAAAAUCGGAAGAUUCCACAAACAGUUCCAACAACGCCGGUGCUGGUGGCCACUUGGAUGCCCUGGCGGAGGCUGCAGCCUCAGCCACGUCCGUACUUUCAGACUUGAUGAAUACAACGACUCCCACAGCUGCAGCAGCUGCGUCAUCGUCACCAUCUACAACAAUGACCAUCGUUGCAGCAUCCAAUCAAUUACAGCAACAGCAGCAGCAUCCAACAACCACAACGAUCAAAUUCUUUGAUGCCAGUUCGAAGCAGUUCACGCUGUCUUCGCCACUGCUCCAAUCGCCGGUCAAUCCACCGGCAAAUAUUCUGAGCACUAGUAAUGGAACAAGCGCGACCGUGUCUCCGGCUGCGGUUCCUACGGUUGUAACCACGAUCCAAGGUAGUACAACAACAUCUCCUAGUAAAAUGUCAACUGCGGCGAAAUCAUUCCGAGGCGGUGCUAAAAACAAGGAUGAAAAGGAAGAGAACAAGAUCGUUAAAAUCAAGGACGAAUCGGAAAAAUGGUUCACCGUCGGAAUCUUCAAGGGGCUCUCUCACACGGUGGCCAACUACGUGGACUUCGAGGAGUGGAACUCUCUGUACGAUGGAGACUUGUUGAGCGCUGACAAUUUGCCCGAUUUGAGCAAACUGAAGCGGAUAAAUUUGGAACCCGGUUGUGCCUAUCGAUUCCGCGUUGCAGCUAUUAAUAGCUGUGGACGGGGCGAGUGGAGUGAUGUUGCCCCGUUCAAGACCUGCUUGCCUGGCUUCCCGGGGGCACCUUCCGCUAUCAAGAUCUCGAAAUCACCCGAGGGAGCGCACCUAUCGUGGGAACCUCCACCGUCGACAACGGGCGAUAUUCUCGAGUACUCUGUCUAUCUGGCCGUGAAGUCACAGAACGCAAAAGAUAAGGCCAACCAGUCGGCGCAGCUUGCCUUUGUGCGAGUGUAUUGUGGCCCCAAUAACCAGUGCACCGUACCCAACCAGUCGCUGCUGACGGCGCACGUAGAUUACACCUCUAAACCGGCAAUCAUCUUCCGUAUAGCCGCACGAAACGACAAGGGAUACGGACCGGCCACGCAAGUUAGGUGGUUGCAAGAUCCACAAUCCGCGAAAGGAUCUCCGGCUGGUGGAACCGGUGCCAAUCCAUCGCCAUCGGCAGUGAAACGGUUAAGUGAAAAAUCUCCCACUACGGCGGCAAAACGGGCGAAGACAAGUGGCAACGCGUCAAUGAUCGUCUCACCCACAUCAAUGCAACCGCAUUAGGUAUGUAAAAUAUGUGUGGAUAAUACACACACACACACACCCAAUUUGUAAAAAGGCAACGGAAAUUAUUAGGACAGAAACAAACAAUAUAAAUAUACUUGCGCAUUCAUUUCUCCAUUGAACAGAUUAAGUUGAGUGUACCGAUAUAUUCAUAUGCGAGAGUGAGUGCGAUUGAAUGAUUGGCUGAUAUGAUGUAAUGUUCGUUUUGAAUAACUCCCAAGUAAUCAGUUUACAGAGUUAAGUAAAGUGCAAAAUUAUACUGAUUCAUUGACACAGACAUGGUUCAAUUUCGAGCAAUGGAGUUUGGUUUUGCUAAAUCUCCUUCGAAAGAUGAAUAUGAAUUUUUUGCUCCUAAAAUUUUUAUAGAGAAAAAAACUAUUAAGUAGUCAAACCAUUACACUAAUAAAACACCAUUUUAGAGAGAGGUAUGAAGGUUAUGUUAUUAGGAGAUUUUGCCUUGUUUUAUAAAAGAUUGCAGAACGCAGGGUAAAAUAGUUUACAUGUAGCUAUAAUGAAGAUAAUCCAUUUAUCACAUCAUCAAACGGUUCUGAUUUUGAUUGGCGUUAAAUCGGUAGAAAAUUGUUUUUUUUUGGUAACGGAAUUAUCCAUAUUCGAAUAUUCCAAGCGACAGGCUCGUUGCACGAGAAACAUUUCAGUUUAUCUUAGGAUUUGUGACAUGUAUUCGUACAGAAAUAAUAUAAUAAUAAUAUUAUACACAUAAUGAGGAGAAAUCAAAUUUCGACAAGCAACUGAAAGAAUAACCCCAUCGAUGAAUCCUCUCCCUUAUUUGAUUCAUUUGAAAGUUUUCUUGUAUUAUAAGUGACCACCUAUCACUCUCACCCCGUGUAUAUUCGUUUCGUUAAGUAUGAAACACACUUCAUUUUCGAACACUCGUUUUGGAAUCAUCAAUUUCUUGAACAGAUGCGGAAACAAAAUUAGUCGAGCUAAUGUUUAACUCUUUCUAAAAGAAUACAGAACCCUAGAAAUUUAGAGAGAAGAAGAGAAGAAAAACCAACGGGAUCUCCCGUCACAUCAAUAAGUAUAAUAAAAAUAUACAUCUAUAUUAACGAAUAUAUAUAUGACUAAUAGUUGUUGUGAUUUCCUAAUAUAAAAAUUAUAUAUGAUUUAUUUUGAUUUAUUUGUACGUAAGACCCAUUCGGCUUUUUUUUUGAGUGAAUGUGAAGUGGUAAAAAAAGAUAAAUUACACAUGUGCUAAUUAAAAUUACAAAAAGGUGGAAGAAAAUAAUUCCACACUUUAUAUUAAGUGACAAGAAAAUGUAAUGGGAGGAAAAUGCGUUUUGUUUACUUUUUAUCUGUUUUUUUUUGGAAAAAAAGUAACACAAUAAAACAAUGAGAUAUUUGUUAACAGUGA